AUUGAUCCUCCAAUUCCUCCCAAACACAAGAGGUACUAUAACCUCAGUUCCUCAUGUUUUCAUAGUUAAAGAUGGCGGAGUCUGAAGAGCCGAAAACAACCUGCAAGUUUCUUUUUAAGAAAUCAAACAAGAAAUUUUCAGCACGGAAAAGAAAUGCCAGUGAUAGCGAUAAAGACAGAAGUAGCGGCGAGGAGGGCAGUGCUGUGGUCAAAAAGAAGAAAGCUGCUGUUACGAAUCCCAUGAUUCAGAAAACACAGAAAGUGGAGAGGGAAGAAGUCUCAUCGAGCGAAAGCGAAGAGGAGAAAGAAGACAAGAAUGUCACUGUCUCUUACAAGUCGACUCGUUCAGCGAAACCAGAGGGACCAGAUGACAUGGGGGCCACUGCUCUUUAUCAGCUGGACACAGAGAGGGACAAAGAUGCUCAGGCCAUUUUUGAGCGCAGCCAGAAGAUUCAGGAGGAGCUCUCUGGUAAAGAUGAUGAUAAAAUUUAUCGCGGCAUCAACAACUACCACAAAUACAUUAAACCCAAAGACUCCACCAUGGGCAACGCUUCCUCUGGUAUGGUCAGGAAAGGACCAAUCAGAGCGCCUGAGCACCUGAGGGCCACAGUACGGUGGGAUUACCAGCCUGACAUUUGUAAAGACUAUAAAGAGACUGGCUUCUGUGGGUUUGGGGACAGCUGUAAAUUUCUCCACGACCGCUCAGACUAUAAGCACGGCUGGCAGAUUGAGCGAGAGCUGGAAGAAGGACGAUAUGGGGCAAACGAUGAGGAGAACUAUGAAGUGAGCAGCGAUGAGGAAGAUCUUCCUUUCAAGUGUUUCAUUUGUAGAGAUUCGUUUAAAAACCCCAUUAUUACAAAGUGCCGGCACUACUUCUGCGAGGCCUGUGCUCUCCAGCACUACCGCAAAUCUAAGCGCUGCUACGUUUGCAACCAGCAGACCAAUGGCGUCUUCAACCCUGCCAAAGAGCUCAUGGCUAAGAUGCAGAAACAACAGGCAGCUGAUGACCAGCCUCCCUCAGAUGAGGAUGACUAGCGCCACACAACUUCCCCUUCUGUGUUUUACUUUUGUUAGUCAGAUUCCCUCGGAGUUGGAACAUUUUCAAAACCUUUGAAAUAAACAUACUUUUGUAGAACGCUUUUUCGUUACCUUUUUUAGUAAUCGUUCUAUGAGAACAGGAAAGCCCACACAACAACUAUAACAAUAAUGACACAAAAGAACAAUAUCAUUGUAAUUUAAGCUGAUGAAGGCUAAAAAUAUUGACAGCCAAUCAGAAUCCACCCGGCAUUAACCUUGGUGAUUGCUGUUAGCAAACU